CAAAGAGCCAAAUUCACUCAGCCAUGGCAUAAACCUCGGAAAACCUCCCUCCUUCUUUCCCUCCCUCCCUCUCUCUCUCUCUCUCUCUCUCUCUCUCUGCGAAAGCGACUGAACAUGGCCGGUUUUGUGAUGAGAUCUCUCAGAAACUCACUUCGUUCCUCUUCCCCCUCGAAACCCUUCCUCCUUCCCCUGCAGCUCGGAGCUCGUUCCCGCAUGUUCGCGGCGAAGUCUUCGCCUUCUCCUACCCGAGACAGAGAUGCAGAGACCGAGAGAGCCGAGGAGUACGACGACGCCGUACCCACUUCCGGAAUCAGCAGGCCCCUCUCCGAGAUACUCAAGGAACUCAACAAGCGCGUCCCCGAUUCACUCGUCAAAGUCCGCCUCGAAGAUGGGUCCUCCAUCAAAUACAUCCCUUGGCACAUAGUCAAUAGAAUCAUGAACUUACAUGCACCGGAGUGGUCUGGCGAGGUUCGGAGCAUCACUUAUUCAGCUGAUGGCAAGACCGUGUCUGUUGUUUACCGUGUGACGCUCUACGGGACCGAUGCAGAGAUGUACAGGGAGUCAAUUGGUACUGCUUCAGUGGACGAUGCUGGUUAUGGAGAUCCUAUGCAAAAGGCAGAAGCUAUGGCUUUUCGUCGAGCUUGUGCGCGUUUUGGCCUUGGGCUACAUUUGUAUCAUGAAGAUAUGCUGUGAUGAGCUUGGUUCUGUGGUAAGCAUGACUUUCUUACUCUUUUGGUUGCUCUGGAUGCAGGAGAGGAGGUUCAUCAGUUAUUUUUGUCAGUUAGAUGGGCCGGACUUUCUAUAUAAGAUUUUGUCAUGUUAACAAUGUUCGCGUGGGAUGAGGGAUGUAGGAACACGGAGAAUUGUCUGUCAAAGAAAAUCGAAGUAAUGUCAUUUGAAGUCUCACUAAAGCUUCUGUUGCGAUUUCUUCUGGUGUAUAGCUUUCUUUUUCUUCUUUCUUUUUUUGAUGCGCUCGCACAUGCUCGAAUUCUUUAGCAAAAUGUACAGCAGUGUGGUCGUUGCUUUCUCUAAGCAACAGAAGUGUUAAUGGUUGCAUUACGUGGUGUGGGGCAUCAUACCGAGCAAAAGAUCAAUCUUUUCAAGUUGCUGUCGUGUAGAGGACACAAAAGGUUGAGUUAAUGGAGCUGUAUCUAUCUUGACUGGAA